ACGACCACAGAACAGGAAGACACCACAGAGACGGCGCGGUUCUACCCGGAGGUCGAUCACAUGACCUAGGAGACGCCACUGAAGCCGCCAUGUGUUCUCAUAACCACGUGACGAGGCUGUGUCGGGGUGUCAGUGUGGAAGAGAAACAGGUGUUUUUUCCUUUGUAAAUACUUGUAUUUGUAUAUACUGUAAAUGAUGACGUCAGUGGGCAGCAGCCGAGCUCGCGGCAGCUGGGAGCAGACGCAGACGCAGAACCAGACACAGCACAAGCAGAGGCCACAGGCCACGGCAGAGCAGAUCCGACUCGCACAGAUGAUCUCAGACCACAAUGAUGCAGACUUUGAAGAGAAGGUCAAACAGCUGAUUGACAUCACAGGCAAGGACCAGGACGAGUCCAUGAUUGCGCUCCAUGACUGCAAUGGCGACGUCAACAGAGCCAUCAACGUGCUGCUGGAGGGCAGCCCGGACACGGACUCAUGGGAGAUGGUGGGAAAGAAGAAAGGCGUGUCUGGGCAGAAGGAGAAUGCGCAUAUGGACGUGGGAGAAGAAGGGAAGGAGAAUAGGGAGCGAGGAGGAGAGAGGGAUGUGGCACGGCGCAGAGGAGGAGCUCCGCGCAGGGGCCGCGGUGCCAGCAGGGGGCGUGAGUUUCGAGGUCAGGAGAAUGGCCUAGAUGGGAGUAAGGUGGGAGGAGCUUCUGGCCGGGGCACAGAGCGCGGUCGCCGAGGAAGAGGCAGAGGAGGCAGAGGGGGCUCUGGAAGACGAGGGGGCAGGUUUUCAGCCCAGGGCAUGGGCCAGAUUGAUAAGGGGGCAGGAUUUGAUUUUUCGGGAGAUGAGAGGACCUUUAACCCCGCCGACUACGCCGAGCCGGUCCAGGCUGAGGAGAGCUAUGCUGGUGGCAGCACCUGGAACAACACCGGCAGCCUGGAGCCCGACGACAGUGCCAGGCUGGAGUUCUCCGGCGUCGAGGGAACAAAUUAUCCUGGAAAAUUUGACUCUGCUCCUGGAGCAUGGAGGACGGCACCUGAGGAGUGGGGGACAGAGGACUGGAAUGAGGAUCUGUCAGAGACCAAGAUCUUCACGGCCUCGAGUGUUGCAGCCAUGUCCGUGCCCCAGGAGAACGUCACCAUCACUGCUGGGCAGAGGAUUGACCUGGCAGUGUUGCUGGGGAAGACUCCUCCCUCGACAUCUGAGCCAGAACUGGCCCCCCUGGAGGCAUCUCAGCCCCCUUCCCUGUCCCAGGCACUGGUCUUCAGCAACUCCAAGCAGGGUGGAACGGGGUCACAGCCCCCCACUAGCGCCCCCUAUAGCCAGCACAGCAUGGCCAACAUGUUGAGCAAGAGCUUUGGCGACGUGGUGGAUCCCAAGGCAGGAACCAGCAGCUCUACCAGUGGUUCGCAGUUCCUGGAGCAGUUCAAGACGGCCCAGGCGCUCGCGCAGCUGGCUGCCCAGCACAGCCAGGCGGGGCCGGCCAGUGUGCCCUCCUCCGCCUGGGACACCAGCCCCAGCUCCCUCGGACAGUACGACAUGAAGCCUCAGCCGGAAGCUUCCGUUCAUGCCCCGUUCCAAAAGCGGCAGCCCUUUCAGCCGGCCCCUUCCGCCGCCUCCUCCAUUAUGGAUGCCUUCCUCCAAGACAAAGUGCCCCCCUCUUCAGUGUCCUCCACCCUGCAUCCGCCGGUGGCUUCCAGCCCCGCGGCACCCCCUCCGUCGCCCCUCUCCAAGCCCCUUGCCACAGGCACCGGCCCUCAGAUGUCCCCCGGCUCCUCCGACAACCACUCGUCCAGCCCCCAGCCCCUGCAGCAGCAUAAGUUGAAGCAGCAGAAGAAGAGGACCUCCAUCAGCACCAAGAUCCCGUCUCUCGCAGUGGAGAUGCCAGGCUCUGCAGACAUCUCCGGGUUGAACCUGCAGUUCGGGGCAUUGCAGUUUGGGUCCGAACCAGUGCUGUCCGAGUACGAUUCUGCCCCAGCAACGAGCGCUUCUGUCAGUCAGGCCCCAAGCAGCCUAUACACCAGUGCGAGCAGUGAGCCUGCCCCGGCCCUCCCCAGUCCAGACCAGGGGUACCAGGGCGGCUCUCUCCCCGGCAGCGCUCCCUCGUAUCCCUCCCAGACGGUAACGGCAGCCGGACCAGGCCAGCCCGCGCUCUACGAGCAGAGGUCCACACAGACCCGCCGGUACCCGCCCUCCGUCUCCACAUCUCCGCAGAAGGACGUCCAGCCCGGCAAGUGGAGCAGCAGUGGUCUGAGUGGAGAUGCUUUGGGAAUCCAUUGUAAUGGAUUCAGUUCAAUACAGACGACACAGUCCAUGGAAGCUGUUUCAGGUGCUGCGGUACCAACAAAGCCUGCCUCUGAAGCAGAGGGCACCGUCUCCGUAUCCAGCAUGGCCUCUCUGACUGACGGUACCACGGUUCCUGUCUCCUUGCUGGCGACACCCAACCAGACGUCACUGGGCAGCCUGGGACACGGCGAGGAUCUGGCCCCUAGCGCCGCUUCCCAGCCCCAGCACAGCAGCUCUCUGUCUACCCAGCAGAACAGUCUGGCUCCUUCCUCCACGGCACGUACCCCCAACUCCAGCUUAUUGCACUCGAGUGUGGACGGCGCUGAGUCCAGCCUGCACUCGUCCUCCUUCCCCUCCGCGGCCACGGCGGCAGCGUCAGUCUCCUCGGCACCCCCUGCCCCUUCCUCCGCAUCAGUGUCCGCCGUACUCAACGCCCCGCCGCCCUCCGUCAGCACUGUGUCAGCUCAGCCCUGCCUGGGCCCCGUCAGCGGCCUCAGCAUGGGCCUGAACAGCGCCGGCACAGCGGUGCCCCCGGUGGUGGCUGCGGUGGCCUCGUCCUCUGCGACGGUGACCGUGGCCUCCACUUCGGCGUCGGCUCGCAGCUCUGUGGCUUCAGGGAAAGCACCUCCUAAUCUGCCCCCAGGAGUGCCUCCCCUGUUACCCAACCCCUACAUCAUGGCCCCUGGGCUGCUCCACCCCUACCCACCCCAAGUGUACGGCUAUGACGACCUUCAGAUGCUCCAGACCAGAAUCCCGCUGGAUUACUACAGCAUUCCCUUCGCGACCCCGACCACGGCGCUGACGGGCCGCGAGGGCAGCCUGACCAACAACCCGUACUCCGCGGCGGAGCUCACCAAGUUCGGGCGCGGCGAGGCCCCGUCCCCGGCGCCAGCCACCACGCUGUCACAGCCGCAGCAGAGCCAGCCACAGACGCACCACACCACUCAGCAGCCCUUCCUGAACCCGGCGCUGCCCCCGGGCUACAGCUAUACCAGCCUGCCCUACUACACGGGUGUGCCCGGCAUGCCCAACCCCUUCCAAUACGGCCCGGUCUUCCCGGUGGCUCCAACAUCAUCCAAACAGCACGGCGUCAACGUCGGCGUAAACGCCUCGGCCACCGCCUUCCAGCAGGCCAGCGGCUACGGCUCCCAUGGAUAUAGCACUGGCUAUGAGGAAAUGGGCCAGGCUUCGGGGAGUGGGGAUUUCUGUAAGGGUGGAUAUAGCACUGCUGUCGCUGCCGCCGCCGCCGCCGCUGCUGCCGCUUCCGCGCAAAACAAGCCGGCCAGCUCCGUCACCGGGCCCGGAGUUGGAGUUUCUGUGACGUCGAGCAACACUGGGGUUCCUGACAUCUCAGGGUCUGUUUACACAAAGACACAGUCAUUCGACAAGCAGGGUUUCCAUGCGGCGACGCCAGCGGCCUCCUUCAGCCUGCCCUCGGCCCUGGCUAGCGGGGGACCCAUCAACCCCCCAGCUGCGGCCGGCUACGCCCCUGCCCCCUUCAUGCACAUCUUGGCUCCCCAUCAACAGCCGCACUCCCAGAUCCUGCAUCACCACCUGCAGCAGGACGGACAGAGUGGCACUGGACAACGUAGCCAGAACUCCUCCAUUCAACAGAAGUCCCAGGUCAACAAGUCUGCUUACAACAGCUACAACUGGGGGGCCAAUUAACCGGCCUGCCCCCCCCCCCCAUCCAUUUCCUGAUGUCCCAAAGUCUGACAGAAGCCUGUCCACUCCUGACCCCACCCCCACCCCCCUCCCUGCCUGUGCAGUGCUCUUUUGCCAAACCCUUGCAACUCCCUCCCUACAGCACACCUGCAGUACCCACACACCACCACAGGUGUCACUGUAUCGAGUGAGCAAGCACUUUGGGGUGGGGGGGGAGUUGUGAGUGUUGGGGGGGGGGUAGAAGGGACUGGAGGGUAAACUACAGACCAGAAUGAAAGCCAGUAGUCAGAAUAGAGCUCUGAGUUUGUAUUGUAUCCUGCCUCCGUUCUGUUGUAUGUAACACAUAGUUGUAUUCUAAGAUGGCUUUUUCAGGUUUUUUUUCCCCUACUGGGAGGGAAUGGAGUCUGUAGAAGGAGUAUUACAGGUGUUAUUUCACCUCCCCCCCCCCCCCCCCCCCCCCGCCCCAAUCUGCUUGAUUAAAAUCUCUUCCUCCCACUGAAGUUGGGUUUUAUUUUCCCCGUCUUUCCCAUGGGUGUUACCAGAUUCAUUUUAAGAACUUCUCUACAUGAACUCGGCAAGGCAGGUGAAGUUUUAUUGUUUUUUUUUUUUAUUUUUUAACCAAAUGUACACACAGGCGUGCUAGCAUAGCCAGGUGCUGUGUGUUUGUGUAGGGGGGUGUGCUUUGGCGGGGGUGUGCUUUGGCGGGGGCUGACCGGGUGGACUGGCCCUCUGGUGUCACUACUGCAUGGAGAUGUGAAAUGGACAGGUAUGGGAGCCCUCCCCUCGGUCACCCGGAGGUCCUUCCUGUUGCGAUGCGAUACUCCUUGCCCCUCUUCCCCUGUUCCCCCCCCCUUGAUAUUUUGUCUCCUUGCAAGCUGUUCUUCCUGCUCGACACUGAAUAGUAUGAAUCUGAAAAGUACCCAAAUCACGUUUUACCAUGGAGCUCUUUAAAAGAGAGAAGUAUGUGCUGAGCUGCCCCCACCCCCCCCCCCCCCCCCCCCCCCC